AGACAAGUGAGUUUAGUUAAAAACGAUCAGUCAUUGAUUGAACAUUUCUUUUGUGAAAAAUAAUUCAAACCGCAAAAUACAUACACAAUGUUGAAUCGAACAUUUUUCGCAAUUUUAUUGAUGGGGCUUAUGGUGUCCGAGUUCUUGGCAGUUGACAUCAAUGGAGAACCAAAUCCAUCUGAAAAGAAGAGCGGAUCUACUUCAGUAAAAGAUAGAAUCAACGCGAUUGAGGAAUGUAUAAAUGCGGUUCCAGAAAAUCCGCUUGAGUACAAAGGUAGAAGAGCACCAUCGUAUUUAGUUUCGGAUCUAUUUGGAUUCAAAACGAACAAAAAAUUCUUCGAAGAGUUAGAAAGAAAUCCUAGUUCUUCCAAAAAGAACGCAAAACCAUCAUCGAAAUGAAAUGAGGUGUCCAUAGCCACAAGUCUUAUAAUCUACGUAACAACACGAUUUCUUUCUGUAUUGGAAGAAGCAAAUUUUCCCAUGUGAAACACACUUCAAAAUAAUUGUAUUAUCGAGGAGAAUUCAAAUAAAUUACUCUGCAUUAUCAAUAACGUAGAAAUAAGUUUUAAUUUUUGUUCUAAAAAUUUAGUGUACGGAAAAUAAUUUUUUUUGAAAAGUAAAUUCAGUUAACAUCACGGCAAAAGAUA